AUGUCGCUCGAAGCUACCAUGAUCAUUGUCGAUAAUAGCGAAAGCAGCAGGAAUGGAGAUUAUACCUCGACACGAUGGCAAGCUCAGAUCGACGCCGUGAGCGUCAUUCACACCACUAAGAUGCGCGUGCACCCUCAAUCUGCUGUCGGUCUUAUGAGCAUGGGUGGAAAGGGCCCCGAGGUCCUUUCGACAUUUACCACCGACUUUGGUGGUAUCUUGGCCGGUCUGCAUCGCACGAAGAUCCAUGGCACUGCCCACCUUAGCUCCAGCAUACAAGUGGCCGGUCUUGCCCUCAAACACCGCUCCGAGAAGUCCCAGAGACAGCGCAUCAUCGUGUUCUCCUGCUCUCCCAUCGAAGAAGACGAGAAGACAUUAGUGAAGUUGGCCAAGAAGAUGAAGAAGAACAAUGUGUCCAUCGAUGUGAUUGCCUUCGGAGAUCUGGAGUCCGAUCAGACUAAGAAACUGGAGGCAUUUGUCGAGAACGUCAAGGGUGGCGACGGCUCUAACCUCGCCAUCAUUCCCCCGGGCCCCAACUUGCUGAGUGAGGAGCUUCAGGUCACUCCCAUCCUCGGUGGGGACAGUUCCGGUGCCGAUGGUGCAGGUCCUGAAGGCGGUGAUGGUGCCUUUGGAUUCGAGGAUGCGGCUGAGAACGACCCCGAACUGGCAUUCGCCCUCCGUCUAUCUCUGGAAGAGGAGAAAAACCGGCAAGAAAAGGAGAAGCGGGACCGGGAGGAGCAAGAGCGCAAAGCCAACUUGGACAACAUUCCCGAGGAGGGCUCCAGCGGGAGCAAAGACAAGAAAGAGGAUGGUGACAAGAUGGACACUGCUUAA